GGUGCUCCCAGGCACUUCCGUGCAUCGUCCAAAUUGCUGGGGAGAUCAUGGCUCUAAGAGCUUGUGGUUUGAUCAUCUUCCGGCGACCUCGCAUCCCCAAGGUGGACAACAAUGCCAUCGAGUUUCUUCUGCUGCAGGCGUCGAACGGGACUCACCACUGGACUCCUCCGAAAGGCCACGUGGACCCGGGAGAGAACGAUCUGGAGACCGCCCUGCGGGAGACCCAGGAGGAAGCGGGCCUGGCCCCCAGCCAGCUGACCCUCAUCGAAGGGUUCAAGAGCGAGCUGAGCUACGUGGCGUGGAACAAACCCAAGACGGUGAUCUACUGGCUGGCAGAAGUGAACGACUACAACGCCGAGAUCCGCCUCUCAGAUGAGCACCAGGCUUACCGCUGGCUGGGCCUGGAGGAGGCGUGCCAGCUGGCACAGUUCGAGGACAUGGAGCGCUCGCUCAGACAAGGGCACCAGUUCCUCUGCUCCAGUGAGUAAUGGCGGUAGCCACUGCUCUACUGAGCGCCCAACGCGCUCCCCGCCCACCGUAAGUGGCCAUCCGAUUGCCUAAACCCUCGGCCCAGGGCGGCUCCGAAUAAAUACCUAAGUGUCA